AUGCUCAUUUCCAAGGCUCAGUGUGUAUCAACACAUCUAGACCAAUCAACCCGGAUCAAUUCAUCUUACAAGCUCACUGUCUAUCUCCACGCCGCCAUCGCCACAUCUUCCGUCAUCUCUACCCUGGUAUUCUGGGGUGGUUUGAAGCUUCAAUGCGCUAGGCAUCUCACAUCAAACGCUUCGCUUGACCUUGUGCCACAGCCUCACGUUUCCUGCCGGCUGAAGAUAUACGACCACUACAGUUACCGCCAGAUGAUGAAAGAAGCCUCGCAGACGACCCCGCGCGACUCGGCCUCCUAA